ACUGGAAGCUAAUUGAUCGGGGUCACUUUCAGCUGAACUAAAGGAAUCCUUAACCAUGGUCUCCAGCUGUACGAUCUGAUUUGAAUGUUGAAUAUAUCUAGGCUUCCUUAUGAACGAUCUCUUGGGUUUCACCGUUGCAGGACGUGAAUUUGCGAUUUGAACGUUAAGACAAGAUGGUCGAUGUUUUACUUUGCUCGACGUACGAGGACCAAAAGCGCGACUUUGUGUUUGAUUUUAAAGACAGUGGGAAGUUACAGAGACUCACUGUACCGAUACCAAUACCACUGAAGGUUGAUGCAAAAGAAUUUGUUCAAAGACUGAUAACGUUUCACAAUUUACCAUGCUAUCUUGAACCAGAAUUGACGAAAACGUUAGAUGAAUUCAAUAAAUCAUCAUGCAGGGAGCUGCAGGACAAAAUGGGUGUUGCAGCACUUGAACAAAUGAAGCAAUCUUCACAGUGUGCAGCUGAUUAUAUCUCUUCUUGGUCUAACUCUUUUACUCAAGAACAUACAAGUUACAGCUCUGCCUCUGACAAGAGUGAAGAGUCGGUAUUUUCUGAGAUGUACCAUUCAUUGAUUCAUUCAGCGGCACUUGAAACAUUGCUGCAGCUGGAGAAUACUUACGCCAUAGCAAUGGAUGAUGUUGUCUUGAAGAAGGAGAGUGCAAUAAAAGCAAUGGAAGAGAAGCACCAGAGAGAAAUGGAAGAUUCCAUUAACAAUCUUGGCAUUGUCACUUCGGACAAAGACGUCAAUGAUUUGGCAGCCAGGCAUUGUGAGGAUGCUCAAAUGCUGGAGACAUACUGGUCCAGUGAGCUCUCGCAACUUCAGGAGAUGCAAAAGAGAGAAUACAGAGAGUGGGUCACUAAGGUACACGAAGAUAUGGUCAGAGUCAGUUCAGAUCCAUCAUCAGUGGAAGACUCUUUCUCCAUAGGAAAGAAUCGCAGCAUGUCUGUUCAGAGCAUACCAGUGGGCAAUGAGUUUUCUACUACUGAGCAUGAGUUCAGGCUUGAAGAGAGUUUUACCAUCCUUUUGGGAGCCCAGAAAAAAUCGACACACAAUCUGCGAUUGAUUUGUGGAAAUGUGCUGGACUUGUGCAAACAUAAAACCAGACCAGGAGGAUCAGUGUUGUCACAACCCCACCGGAUCCAGACAGCUCUGUCAUUGUACUCUGAGACGCUUGCAGGAGUAAUUUUGCUGGUGGAAGACCGACUUAAUACGUACUCGGGAAUUAUGAAACAUUUUGCCAGGAUUUGUCAGCAGUCUGGAACAGAAUUUCAUUUUCCAGACCUGGACAAACAGCUGUGUCUCAUUCAGCAAAUGUUUGAGAAAAGAGAUCGCAGUAAGUCAAGUACCAGUGAACAUCAACAACUUCCUUUUUCUUCCAAUACAAAUUCUCAUAUUUCGUUCACCAUGCAUCGAGACAUCUAUAUCACUCGGCAUUCAAACCUGUCUGAGGUACAUGUUGUGUUUCACCUCGUUGUGGACGACAGCGUGAAGUCAUCAACAAUCAGCACAAGAAAUCCGGUGAUAGUUGGCCUGAGAAAUGCUCUGCACACAGCCGUCAGACACAGCAUUACUACCAUUACGAUACCACUAUUGUUGUUCCAUGAAAUGACAGAGGAAAUGACAGUGUCUUGGUGUAUGAAAAGAGCAGAGCUAAUGUUCAAAUGUGUGAAGGGUUUUAUUAUGGAGUGCAGCACAUGGAGUGGAGCAGAGUCUUUGAAUCUACAGUUCAUGGUACCUAAGGGUAUAUCUGAGGAAAUGUUCACAUCAUUUAGCCAAAUGCUUUCUAGUAUCUUCCGUGUAUCCACGCCUUUGGAUCUCACAUCAACAGCCAACAGAUGACGUCGCUUCUACCUAUCCCGUGAUGCUAUUCGACAGCCGUAAUAUCACAUCGAAUCACGUGAUCUUCCCGUGAUGCUUCUCUUUUGCUAGAAAAUGGUAGAACACUGAAUAAUGUGUUUCGUCUUGAGACCUUAGAGGGACUUUUGAAGAAAGGCUUCAAAUUAUACUUGCAAUGGUCGUACGAAGAUUUGAAGAAAAUCGAUUUUACUGUACUUACUAAGUGUACAACUCAAUCUGGCCUAGCACUGGUUUUGCUUUACUGCACGCUCUCUUCUUGGUCUACAAAACUUGUGCCGUUCUCUCAAACAAGCAGGUGGAAAGCAUGAAACCAAUCGCUCCCUGAUCGCUCUCUUUUUCAGGCGCUGGAGACAGUUUAUAUGUAUUUACCUCGUGUUCUCGUCCUCUCUUUUUUCUCGAGAGAUUUUCUAAAAUUAUGAUAGGCAACUGGAUUCAAUAUAUUUUAUUUUCACCACGCUUAGUAGAAAUAUGCAAUGAAAAAGAUGUUUCAAAUUAUUUUUAUAUGUCCGGUACGACCCCGCGUGAGCAGUCCCAUGGAAAAAAACUGUGGUGGAAGCAAGGAAAGCGACAACCAAUCGAAACAGGGACUUGAUCACUUCUUUAAAACUAGUUUUGUUUCAUUACAACAAGGAGGGUUUUUACAAGAGGUUUUCAAUGGGGCUAACCGUUAGCCGUAAAACGGCCAAAAAAAUUAGCAGUUAGCCGUAAAAAUGGACAAAUUUUAACUGUUAGUCGUUAAAAAGAUAACGUUUCUGGUGACCACAAGGGAAAGAUAUUAACCGUUAGCCGUAAAAAGGCCAAAAUUUUAACCAUUAGGCUUAAAAGCCGGCCCUCUUUAACGUUUUCCCUCUAAUUCGGAAUCAUAACCAGGUAAUUAAAACUUGAAACAAAUGGAGAGCUAAUACAUCAAGGGAACAGUAAUUAGUCAUGUUAACAGGUUAAAAAUCAAUUUAAGCUAAGCUAUGAGAAACGACGCUGUCAAAGAAAGGGAUCUAAUUGUUAAGAUCUAAUCUAAGAUCGAAUUUUCUGAUUCUGCAUACUUAUAAUAGAACCCGCUUUGAAAGCAUCCUGCGUAGCGCGGGAAAGUUUUUCGAUCCAGUCAGUUUCAUUGGGUGCAGUUAGAGGGGGUGAAGGGUGAGACAGAAACACGGCAAGCGGAGAAAAGAAAGCUGAUCUUAUAUUCAUUACAUAAGCCCCUAAGGGCCUGAAUGCGGAACUGUCCACGCGCGCGCAAAAUUUGGCGAUUUUCCUUCGCCGUUAUUAGGCGUGCGUGUUCAUUUUAACGGUUCAAUCAUUUUGCAACGGUCCUCAGCAAAUACCUUUCUGUCUGGCUAACGUUUUGUGCGAUAUUCUAAAUGUGCAUUUUCUAACGCGUGAGGGGUGAACCAAUGCUCGUAAAUUAAUGGUUGACAUGUUGUGUAAUAUUCAGAGCUGAGUGUACGUUGGGCCAGGCACACGUGAGGUAUGCCGUGUUUUCUGAGCCUGUACCGUUACCAUGGAGGAGUGAAGGGUUAUAAUCGACCAUUACGAUCCGUUUUGACUGCAAUUGAAGAUCUAGGUUGAUACAAGAAAAGGCUUCCCUGUAGAACAAUAUUGAGUGUUGAUUAAAAUGAAAGGCUUUAUCAAGAUCUUGUUGUUGCUUUGUGCUUUAUCGUUGGCUAAAGCCAAACCCGUCCCCGAAACAUUCGUUGACCUCGGGGAGAUUUGGAACGGACAAAACUGGAACGAAAGAGAGGACGAGGAGGAUUGGUACGAUGAAGAAGAGGACGAGGAGGCUUGGGACGAAGAUUGGGAUGAAGAAGAGGACGAGGAGGAUUGGGACGAAGAAGAGGAUGAGGAAGUUUGGGUUGAGAAUGAUGAGGACCAGCAACGGGUUGAAGAUAGUAACUUGAAGGGACGGGACGAGCCAGAAAAAGAAAAUGACGAAGGGGGUCUCAGUGACGAGGAAAAAAAUGACGGAGGAGAAGAAGAAAAAAAAGAAGAAGAAGUAGAAAUAGUAGACUGCGAGACUGCUUUUGAUGCGGACACAGCAAUUGAUGAUGCGCAUGACGAGAGUGAAGAAGUCGCAGUUCCUAAGGAAAAAAUUGACUUGUUCAAGGAAGAAAUUCUGAGUUUCAAGAGAGCUCUUGACGCGAUGCAAAAGGACUUUGAAGAUUUUGAAGUACCUUAGACUCAACCAGCUGAGCCAACACCUCGCGACGUCGACUUCAUUGCAACUGUAAUAGUUUUAUCAUUAAAACCUGUAACAUUAGUAAAAAAAAAAAGUGUGCACCUGUCAAGUUGUAAAGAUUGUAGAGAUGCAUGUGAGAAUAGUGUUCUCAGGAUAGUGUACUCAGGUAAUUCUGAAUCUGGCAGUAUAUAUUAUGAUAGGAACUCGCUCAGCAAAGUUUAGUGUUGAGCUUCGUUUAUUAGUGUCGUUCACUGUGUCGUCCGUGCCGCCAGUAUGUCAGCGGCCGCGCCACUACACAGAGUAUGCGAGCAAUAAAAAGAUGUUUGAGGGAG